AUGGAAGAGGUCCACAAAAUGGCGGAAAUUGGUCUCCGCAUACAGGCCGAGCAAGACAAGAAGACACAGGAAUCAGUAGAACCCUCGCGGACAGCUACGACGCCGGUGGUUUUGUCCCAUGAUCAGCGACCACCAAGCGAUAUUCCCCCGCUACUGUCUUCUGUUGAUCCAACAAGGCCGAUCCCCAAAAAACGUGGGUUACGGUACCCAUUUGUCGAUGGCGGCGUAUCCAGUAUCGGCAUCAGGCAUCAGUCACAAAUUCAUCCACCACGUUUUCUCGCUUUGCACAUUUCGCAGACGGGUCUGAUGAAGUUGACAAUGACGCCGAAGGCUCUACAGAAGACUGAACGCUCAAUACUUCGGCUCCUGAACUAUUUUCUGCACCAGACUACGAUGAACAUGGUUCGCUCAAGAUCACUACCGCUAAAAUGGCGCGGUUACACCUUGUUACAGCGAUGUCACCGAAAUUACCAGCGAUACCGCACUAGUCAAGCUACAGCAACGGAAACGUGCAGUUUUGGCUGCAGCGAGCAGACUCUAUCUGUACUGGAAGAGACAUUGGGCAUUCGACCAGUAACCACGGCUUCAUCCGGUUAUUGUUUAGCCAUUGCUUUGGCACAGGAGGUAGCUGACCACGAUAUGGCAGCCUUGGACGACACCCUCGAAACUAUCACAGCAUGCAUCAAGCGAGGCAUUUAUCGAACGGAAAAGCUCAACUUGGAUGAGAAGUUUGGCCACUAA